AUGGAGGGCGAGAGCGAUAAACAACGGAAUGUGUUGAACCUGGUCGCUGUGUUUGAAGACCACGGCCUAGGCCAGAGCCUCUCCCAGACGGCUGCCAGGCCGCAAGCGGAGGAAGAGAAGGAGGAGCAGCAGCGUCAACAGGGGCUCAGCUUCAAAUGCCUCCGUUCGUUCCGGCACAAGAUCGGUGAGGACAACUGGAGGAGGCAGCAGGGCCCAGGCCGUGAGCCUGGCAGCCAGAGCUGCAUCCCCUCGGGCUGCUGGAGAAAGCUGCUUCUCCCCAUGCAGGAGCCAGAGGAAAAGAAAAUCGCUCUGGAGCUGCUGGAGACAGAGCAGGCUUACGUCAACCGCCUCCACCUUCUCGACCAGAUAUUCUACACAGAGUUGAUGAAAGAAGCCAGAAAUGGGAAGAUGGUCCCAGAGGAGGUGGUGAAAAUGAUCUUCUCUAACAUCUCCUCCAUCUACCAGUUCCACGCCAAGUUCUUCCUGCCAGAGCUGCAGAAGCGCAUGGAGGAUUGGAGCUGCACCCCACGGAUCGGAGAUGUGAUCCAGAAGCUUGCGCCGUUCCUCAAGAUGUACGGUGAGUACGUGAAGAACUUCGACAAGGCCGUGGAGCUCAUCACCGUCUGGUCGGAGAAAUCCCCGCCCUUCCAGGAGCUCAUUGCUGACAUCCAGAAGAGGAAGGUCUGCGCUAACCUAACGCUGCAGCACCACAUGCUGGAACCUGUGCAGAGGAUCCCGCGCUACGAACUCCUCCUGAAAGAUUAUGUCCGAAAACUGCCUCCCGAGUCCCCAGACCGGGACGAUGCAGAGAAGGCCUUGGAGAUGAUUUUCAUGGUGGCCAAGCACUCAAACGCAGCUAUCGCCGAGAUGGAGCGGCUGCAGAACCUCUGGGCAGUCUAUCAGCGGCUGGGCCUCGAGGACGACAUUGUGGAUCCCUCCAACGAGCUGAUCAAGGAGGGACCCAUCCAGAAGAUCUCCACCCGCAACAACAGCACGUCGGAGAAGUACCUGUUCCUGUUCAACAACAUGCUGCUGUACUGCGUGCCCAGGGUCAUCCAGGUGGGCGCUGAGUUCCAGGUCCACCUCCGCAUCGACGUGGACAGCAUGAAGGUGCGGGAGCUGAACGAUGCGCAGUUCCCUCACACCUUCCUGGUCUCGGGAAAGCAGCGGACGCUGGAGCUGCAAGCCAGGUCAGAGGAGGAGAUGGGCGCCUGGAUGAAGGCCUUCCAAGAUGCCAUUGACAGGAAGGAGAAGAGGAGUGAGACCUUCAAGACGGCGGUGCGCGGGCUGGAGAUGGGCAUCCCUGCACUCAAG